ACAUACAGAACAGUACAGUGCCAGCAGAAUGUACCGAUCGCGAGGGUUCGUAGCUGUCGUUGGAUUGCUGAUCGCCGUCCUAUGCGUGACGGAUGUUGGGACUAGCUUCAGCUCGAGCGAUGUAAAUACGUCGAAGCAGAGCUACUUCUUCGGUACGAAAGGUGCGAGCGAUAUACUGUGCUUCUCGAAGACACUGUUGAAGGGAUCUAUCAUGCCACAGGACGUGUCGUAUACUAAUCCGACUGCGGAUAAAAACAUCAACUUUAUCACGCUGGCGGCCGACAAGUACUCGACCCAUGGAUUUACGGCCGAUAUUUCCAACGGUAAGCUGGGUACAGUUUCUGUGACGAUUAAAAUCAAUGCAAAGUCUAUUCUACCGUACGCGAUCGAAGUAAAGUUCUACUGUGUGAAGUAA